AUGUGGUCCAUCGAAUCCGAAGUACCAUCAUAUGUGAUGUGUGCCGGAAUUUUCACCGUCGGCAUAUGCUCUUCCAAAAUCCAACUCUGGAAUGGAGAACUGGAGGGAACCAUCACUGCCUUCCCCUUGUUCCUAGUCGUUGGGACCUCGCUUCCCCCUCUUAGAGAGUCAUAUUUCUACAAAAUCAUGGUGGCUCCUUCUACUCAAAACCACAAGCUAAGAAUUCCCGAAACAUACGUGAAGAAGUACGAAGAGCAAUUAGUAAAUGAUUAUGUGAAGCUUAGAGUUGCUGAUGGUAGAGUUUGGAGAGUGGAGUUAUUUAAAGAAAGGGGAGAAGUGUGGCUUACCAAAGGUUGGGAAAAGGUUGUGAAGUGUUAUUCGCUGAAAUAUGGUAACUUACUCUUAUUUAAGUAUGAUGAAAGUGAUUCAACGUUCCAUAUUACUAUUUUUGGCAUGAAUGGUUGUGAAAUUGAGUAUGAUCAAGUGUACCAUAAUUAUAUCAAAGCUCAAGAAAUCAUUGAAAUUUCGUCUCAUGAUGACGAGAUGAUUGCUCAAGAUGAUCAGGACACUGCGAUUUCACCGGGAAUGUGGGAUUGGUUCAUUCACUCUAUUACUUUGCUGUUGGUCAUGUUUGAAUUGGAUCAAGUUAUAUGUUUAUUGAAGAUAAGCCUUAAUAAACAUAUAGGAAAAGACCGAAUGAAAAAUGUUAUAAACAGGCUUUUAAUACAUCUCCUUACCUUUUUUCUUUCUUUUUUUUUUCAUUUAGUCGUUGUGGCUGGUGAUAAGACAAGUGUUAUGGAAAGGCUUGAAGCCUUCAAUUCUCAAAACCCUCAUUUUAAAGUUAUCAUGCGUCGUAGCUAUAUCUCCAAUAAGUUAUAUCGAAUGGCAAUUCCAAUGAGCUACCUCAGAAAACAUUUAAAGGGUAUGGAUGAGAAGGAGAUAAUCCUCCUAGGACCAGAUGAGAAGAGCUACAACGUACGAUUAAAUGUGUAUAAGAGAAAGACUCCAAAGAAAAUUAUGUUAGCAGAACUCCGGUUUGGGUGGCGAAAUUUCGUGCAUGGCAAUAAGUUGAAGCUAGGAGAUGCUUGUGUUUUCGAGCUGGUGGACCGUCGUAGCAAUAUGUACAAGGUGACCGUCUUUCGAGCCGAUUAGUAAGUUAGUCUAGCUCAGCUUAACUAAAUCCAUAAUCAAAAUAGGUAUGUAAUCUAUGUAUAAUGGUAUAAACGUUGAUUUGUAUUUUGUUUAUGUAAAGUAUUGAACGGAGAGAUGGUGAUUUCUAACCUUUAAUUUAUUUUUUUUUGGUGCAAUGGUGUACUCAUUCCCAUUAACUAUGGAGUACUUUUUUUUUGUAAAUUAAUAUAAGUAUUCUCUAUCAUAUUGAUCUAUAUGAUUUAACUAAUUAUCCUCAUGAAGUAUAUUUUGAAUGUAAAUUUCUUCUCCUCAAUGAUUACUAUCAUCUCCAAUCCUUAAUUUAUUAUUACGUGUCAUUUGUUGUUCUUAUAGAGACCUCCUUUAAUUUACGUACCUUAAAUCCAUAAGCAACAUAAAAUGAAGUUGGGUACAUAUGAAGUUAUUUGAUUUUGUGUGUGUGUGUGUUUUUUUUUUUUUUUUUUGAAUGAAAAGAAGAAAAAGUAUUUCUUCAAUUUUUGUGUUCUUUUUAGAAAAAUUUGUGAACAACUACCUUUUAAAUUACCAUUUUUGCGAAUAACUACCUUUUACUUUAAAGUUUGCGAAAACUGAAAUUUUGAUGGAA